AUGGAUGAACUAGCAUUCUUUUUCGCAGAACCGUAUGCCUCAGAGGACAGCUCCGCAGUUAAUGCACCUGUCGCAUUGAAUCACAAGAAAAAUAGGUCAAAAAUUAGGCUAAACAAUCAAGCUGUUGACAAUGUGAAUAUUAUCAGAAAUUUUUCAGACCCCUCCUUUAUUGCUCAAAAAAGUUUUCCAAUUCAUGCAUCGGGCAGCUUCCCAGAUACGCUGAACCUUCCGUCUAACUUUCCUCCUGAGCCUGAGGAAGGCAACAUAGAAUACAAGUUAAAAUUGAUAAACCCAACUCCUGAUCGUGUGGAACAUUUGAUGACUCAAAUGAAAUGGCGCCUCAAUGAGGGGGGAGGGCAAGCAAUCUACCGUCUUGGUGUUGAUGAUAAGGGAGUUGUUACCGGUUUAACAGCAAGUGAACUGUCUGCUUCUUUGUCCACGUUAUACGGAAUGGCGCAAAGGCUGGGUGUUGAUCUCAGACUUCUUCGGAUGUGCACGACAACCAAAAGUGCCCACGCCUCGAAUCUUUCGCCCCUAGAGGAUGUGAAGGCGUCGAUUCAUAUUCAGCGGAAGGCUGUAGAACUACAUGCAAAAUGGAAAUCUACCGUGAACCAAGGGCUUCCAGAUAUGCGUGUCGCAAUGUUAGGAAGUGUUGAUGUCGGUAAGUCGACUUUAUUGGGCAUUCUGACUGACGGUGAAAUGGACGACGGGAGGGGUCGGGCGCGCCUCAACUUGUUUCGUCAUUUACACGAAGUCCAGUCCGGUCGAACAAGUAGCCUCAGUUCGGAACUAAUAGGAUUCGACAUUUCGGGGCAUUUAGUUAACCGGAGGCGCUCUCAUGGCCGCCUUAACAAGCGUACAAUCGACGAGGUCAUCCGCGAUUCCCAUCGACUAAUCACUUUUCUUGAUCUUGCGGGUCACACCAAGUACCAGCGAACCACCCUUUCAGGCCUUACCACAUUCCAUCCAGCCCUCUGUAUCCUUGUGGUGUCAGCGACAACAGGCCUGACUCCUGAAGGUCUCGGACAUGCCCGAACCGCUGUUGCACUCAACCUUCCCCUUGCAGUAGUCGUAUCCAAGAUAGAUCUUAUUCCAGAUGCUAUAGAGUAUGCUCGCCAGAGGAAGAUUUCAGUCUCUUCUGCAGCUCAUGCAUCUGGUGGUAAUGGAAAAAUGAACAAAGCCGUCGCCGACAUAAAGGCUGCUGUCUUAAAGGAACUCAAGACCAUCAAAUACUAUACUGUGGAGGGAGGUAGACUAAAGAUUGUUGAGUGCUUCAAAGAGGACCCUGAAGUUUUUGCUGUGUCUAGCGUUUCUGGUUAUGGGUUAGGAAGUCUGUUAAACUUCCUCGCUCUCGUGUCUUCUAACCCCAACUACGGUGCUCUCGUAUCGAUGAGACCGACGACAUCCUCUGAAUCCCUAUGCGAGCGGGAAAUGUCCGCCUUUGUUGAGUGCUGGAUAACCAAAGUGUUUGGUCAUGUACCUGGCGUUAACAAUCCUGUUCUCGAGGUUUUGAUCAAGAUGGGGGAAGUGCAUGAGGGCCAACGACUGUGGCUCGGCCCAGAUGAGGAGGGUAAAUUUUAUUCAAUUACCGUGGUAGAACUUCGUCACAAUCGUCAUCCGCAUCACGUCCUCCAUAAAGACCAACUCGGUUCCCUCGUCGCUGUCCCCGAGCCCUCAUUUGACGCCAACUUUCCAUUUCUUCGCAGGGGUAUGGUCAUGGUCAAUGCAGAGCCCACAACAACAACCUGCCCUCUCACCGAGACCCCUUCAAUUGCUGUCUGUUGGUCUAUUUGCAUAGCAAAUCUCAUCUGGAUGUCUUCAAGUAGUGGCAACGUUGUCUUGCAACCAAAUUCCACAGUCGGAAUCCAUGCUGGGAACGUUUUACAGUAUGCGCGGGUACUGGAAACCAGCAUUUCCGCCAAUCAUCUGACUUAUAUAACCGGUCGUUCCAGAACUAAUUUGGAUUCUGUGAUACUGCAACUGGAUUCCUCUCAUGAGAUAGUCGUCGCCUUUCUUCGCCAACCAGAAUUUCUUGAACUUGGUCGACAAGUAGUUAUCUCCGUCAACAAUGUAGCUAAGGCCGUAGGUACAGUUUACGCCUUUAAAGACGUAAUUACCACCUUUACGGUUCCCCUACGGCAACUUCUGUCCUCUCCGCAAUCUCAAAGGUCCAACUCCACCAAUUCAUGGCAUGCCGUCUCAAUUCCAGCUUCUGAGGCCUCAGUCUCAUAUGAUUCACUUCUCAGGCAAGUCGGUAUCGACCCAGAAGGGCCGCGGACUAAUUUCGUCGACGAGCCUCCACUCCCGCCAGAUUUCCUGGUAUCUGAGAUGACAAAAAAUUCUACAUCACGUAAAAAACGACGUCAGCGCAACAGCAAACGCAGGCGCAAGGCAACUGAACGUCUUGCAACGAUGUUGGCUUCAGCGACGGAUUUGGCUUCGUCAACUACAACAUGGAGUAGCGCUUGCAAUGAGCAGAUUCCGCAGCUGACGGACCAGGAGUUGGAACUUAAGGAAGGCAGUGGAGAAACUCUUAUAAAGACUGCGCCUCCACAAUCACGGGCCCAUUCUACCGGUCAACCCCUGCACACCGCGCUAACACAACGUCGUCGAAAACGAAAACAAAGACACAGACGCUAA